CCCCCCCCGUGCGUGCAGACCAAGUGAUGAAAGCCUCUACGUACUGGCUAAUGAUUGGCACACUUGACAGUGAUUGGCAGGGCUGCCAUGACAACCUUACAACGACACCGAGAAGACCAAUAGAAAAGCGAAACAAAAUGUUUCAAUGCUACACUCACGGUGGAUGUAGAGGAGAUAUUAUGAGACUGGGUGUCAUUAGGCGAUUGCUAUUGAAUCGUGAAUCUUGACUCGUCGUUGCUUUUCCUUGAUAAUUUUCUUUUUCUCUCAGGUCAUUCCAUGGUUUUCAGAUCCCCUUUAGAGCUUUAUCCCUCCCAUUUCUUCCUGCCAAACUUCGCUGAUCGCUCUCUGCUCGUUGCGAGCAGUGCAACCAGCGCCAGAUCCCAAGAAGAGUUGUCAAUGUUUCAGCUACCCACCCUCAACUUCUCUCCAGAGCAAGUGGCAAGCGUCUGCGAGACGCUGGAAGAGACGGGAGACAUCGAGAGGCUGGGACGCUUCCUCUGGUCUCUGCCGGUGGCACCGGGGGCAUGCGAGGCGAUCAACAAGCACGAGUCCAUCCUGCGCGCCCGAGCAGUGGUGGCCUUCCACACUGGGAAUUUCAGAGACCUGUACCACAUCUUGGAGAACCACAAGUUCACCAAGGACUCCCACGGCAAGCUACAGGCCAUGUGGCUGGAAGCCCACUACCAAGAGGCCGAGAAGUUGCGGGGUCGCCCCCUUGGUCCGGUUGAUAAGUACAGGGUGCGGAAGAAGUUCCCUCUCCCCAGAACCAUCUGGGACGGGGAGCAGAAGACUCACUGUUUCAAGGAGAGGACACGCAGCCUGUUAAGAGAGUGGUACCUCCAAGACCCCUACCCCAACCCCAGCAAGAAAAGGGAACUGGCUCAGGCCACGGGACUCACCCCUACACAAGUGGGGAACUGGUUUAAAAACCGCAGGCAGAGAGACAGAGCUGCAGCAGCCAAAAACAGGCUUCAGCAUCAGGCAAUGGGGCAGAACGGCAUGCGAUCGUUGUCAGAGUCCGGCUGUACUCCACACAGCUCGGCCGAGUCCCCUUCCACGGCAGCCAGUCCGACCACCAGUGUAUCCAGCAUGGCAGAACGAGUCGACACGGGGACGUCUAUCCUUUCAGUAACCUCCAGCGACUCUGAAUGUGAUGUAUGAUACAAACAAACAAAACAAAAAAAGCACAGGAAUAUGGACCUGAAAAAAACUCUGACUUAAAUAUAUUGCUGAAGAAAGAAGAUAAAAAGGAAACAAUUCAUUAUUAUUAU